CCAACCGAACCUAAACCAAAAGCAGGCGAGAGUCUAGACCGCAGCGGAAGGGGAGCAGGCGGCGGCCCCGAUUGCGGUAAUGGAGCUGUCGAUGAGUGGCAGCUCCCUGCGAACGUUCGGCCGGUGCGUGACCUUCCUCGCGCGCGUUGCCUCCGAGCUCGUGCUCCAGGCGCACCCCGCCAAGCUGGAGAUGCACACGCUUAACAGCUCGCGGUCGGCGUACGCUUCGAUCUCCCUAGCGCGCGACUUCUUCGACCAGUAUCACCUCGACGCCGCGGCUUCGGCACCGUCUUCCACGCCGCUGCAGUGCAGCGUCCUCCUCAAGUCCCUGCUCGCCGUCCUCCGCACGCCGCACGCCGCGCUCGACCGACUCGCCGUAUCCCUCCCAGAACCCGACGCACCCAAGCUCCAGAUCACCCUCCACUGCCUCAAUGGUGUGAGGAAGACGUACUGGAUCGUGUGCAGCGCAGAGCCCGAGGUGCAGUCGCUGUCGCUAGACCGGGGACGGUUCCCGAGCCGCCUAGCCAUUCGGCCGCGGGAGCUGGCGCGGCUGUUGUCCAACUUCCAGUCCUCGCUGCAGGAGCUCACAAUCAUCGCUACAGAUCCUGCUUCAGGGUUACCUGAUGCUAGCGGUGACGUCGGGGGCAAGGCUGUUGAGCUCCGGAGCUACAAUGACCCGACAAAAGAUGACUGUGACACUAGACUGCACACACAACUGUGGAUCGACCCUGCCGAGGAGUUCGUGGAGUUUGUUCAUGCUGGUGAUCCGGUGGAUGUCACCUUUGGGGUAAAAGAACUGAAGGCUUUUUUAACAUUUUGUGAAGGAUGUGAGGUUGACAUCCUCCUAUUCUUUGAGAAGACUGGCGAACCUGUUCUUUUGGUCCCGAGAUUCGGAUUGGAUGAUGGAGCAGCUUCUGAUUUUGAAGCUACUCUAGUUCUGGCUACUAUGACUGUAUCACAAUUAUCUGACAGCGAUGAUGCCCAACAACCAGCUACAUCAGCACAAAACGCGGGAGAACCAGGGGCUGCUGCACCAACACUAGUUCCUGAAAAUGUCUCGAACCAUACUAAAAUAUGGUCGGAGCUUUCAGAAGGUAUCAGUGGUAUUCCUCGAUCACAACACCACCCGAGCAACUGGGUCGGUGCUGAUGAUAACGACGAUGACAAUGAAGACGACGAGGAGCUUUUAGUCCAGACAACACCCUACUAUAUGGACUGAGGAUAAAUGCUGAUUCUAAAAUAUGUAGGUGCAUUUCAGCGUAGUGUACUAUACGAACGAAUUAGGAACUAGCUGAAGGCUUUACGUGUACUCUUGUAGUCUUAUUUCUAGUAGGGCUGGAGUUGGUGACUUUGACUGACGCAGUAAGAACUCUCUUAACUUAGGUCAUGUUUGAAUGCGUUAGAGCUAAUAGUUAACUGCUAACUAGUUGAAGAUGUCUAAAUAGUCUAUCUAAUAGUUCAACUAUUAGCUAUUUUUAAUAAAUUACUUAAUAGUUAGUUAGCUAAUUUCGCUAUCAUUUUUUUAGUCAACUAACUAACUAUUAGUUCUAAUACAUUCAAAUACCUCCUUAGUAUCUAGUGUGACUUUCAUUUCUUUUCAUAAUGUAGAGAAACAUUAAAGUUGAUCUGUUCCAAUUCGCAUAGAUGUUAAAAGAAAACCGUGUGUUUAUAUAUGAUUCAUUCACUUUUUUUCUACGUUCCCGGUGUAUUUUGGGCGUGCAAAAAGAACCUCCUUGUUCAUGUGUUGAGUUGCAUCUCUCAAUGCGUGCGUGGCUGCGUGCCCAUCAUCGCACUCCCACGCAUGGGGUGGGGGUAGCCGGCAGGGUAUGGAUCUUUUUUUAUUGCAGGUUGCUACAGUUUUAAUCUGACUGUGUGGCUAUGAUUUUUAUAGUAUUUUGUCUCUACGUAAUAUAGCGGCUGCCGCCAGCCAAGCAGCCGGUGUUCCUGCAGCAGCGUGACUGAACAAUGUGGUUCUUUCACUUUAUCUGGCCUUGGAAGACGGUGAAAAGAAACCGAGAUCUGGCAUGGAAACUGCUUCCUUUAAUAAUAGAGGUUUUGCGUCUUCCGAGCACCCUGCACCGGCGGUCAUGCUGGUUCAGGCGUGCAGCUCGCCUGGCUAUCAUUGGAAUCUGUUGUCCCGCUGCUAGUCCGAUGUGAAUUACUGUAUGUUAGUCUUUCAUUUGCGUUCAUGAACUCAUCUAGCCAUGUCAUGACUUACAACUGAUCAGGGUGUUUUAAAUUUUCCGCUGCUUGCCCUGGAUGUUCUAAAGCAAAUGUUUUUUCAAGA